AUGGAAAAGGGCGGGGGCGACGCGCCAUUCACAAUUCUUUCGGAGCGACACAAAAAAUGGACCAUUGCCAUCACCUCACUGGUGACAUUCGUGUCGCCAGUGUCGGCGAAUAUCUAUUAUCCAGCCCUCAAUGAAAUGGCCAGCGAGCUCGGGACGACCUCGUCCAAGAUCAAUUUGACCAUCACAGCUUUCAUGAUCGUCCAAGGUGUAGGGCCAUUCUUUGUGGCAAGCAUGUCAGAUAUAUAUGGCCGUCGAGCAACAUCAAUAGGCGCUCUCGUUAUUUACUUGGCCGUCAACAUUGGCCUAGCCCUACAAAGCAGCUAUCCUGCCCUGAUGACCCUCCGAUGUUUGCAAAGCUUCGGCAGCAGUACUGCAUCUAUUACCUGUACUGCUGUGGCGGCAGAUUUGGUGCCUCGAGCAGAAAGAGGGAAAUACAUGAUCUACUCGACAUUAGGUGUCACGGUUGGUCCCGCUGUUGGUCCGAUCAUUGGUGGUAUUCUGACGCAAUUUUUGACAUGGCGAAGCACCUUCUGGUUCCUUGUUAUUUUUGCGGGUGUGAUGGUAGCUUUGCUACUUUUUUUCGUUCCAGAAACAUGCCGUUUGGUGGUUGGGAAUGGAUCCAUCUUACCGCCGAAAUGGAACUGGCCGAUCGUCCAAUGUAUCCGAUCCAAGGGUGAACAAUCAUCCCAAUCUGUCGAUCCUCUCGAAGCUGGAAAACCGCCAGACCCGCCUCACCGACCGUCUCCCCUGGACACUAUCAGAAUCUCAAUGGAGAGAGAAACCUUCGCCGUUAUUUUCUCGACGACAUUACUAUAUUGCGGAUACACAGCCGUGCUGAGCACCCUCCCAUCCCAACUGCAGGAAAAAUACGGAUUUAACGCCUUGCAAGUCGGAUUAUGCUAUAUUCCGUAUGGAAUGGGGAGUCUUUCAUCUCGAUGGACAAUUGGUACCCUGAUUGACUGGAACUUCCGACGUUUUGCCAAGAUCCAUGGCGUGGAGAUAGUCCAGAACCGCCAAUCGCAGCUGGAUUCCAUCCCAGUGGAAAAGGCACGGCUGCAAAUCACAAUUCCCUUGAUCUAUAUGUCUUCGAUCGUCAUUGUUGGCUAUGGAUGGGUGAUGAACUUUCAUACAAACCUCGCUGGCCCUCUAAUUAUGCUGUUCUUCGUAUCGCACUUGGUUGCCGGUGCAUCAAGUGUGUUGACGACUCUACUGGUUGACUUGCAUGUCAAUCGACCCGCGACUGUGAACACCGCCCGAAAUCUAUUCCGAUGCUUGGCUGGCGCCGGCGCCGUGGCUGGAGCUGUUCCAUUGAUCAAUGUGAUUGGAAUUGGGUGGUUUGGGACCAUAAUCGCCUUCAUCUGGGUUCUUUUUAGCCCUGUGAUGUGGGGUGUUUAUUUCUGGGGGCAUGAUUAUCGCCAGCGGAAGAAUGCCUCUCAAAAAGAUGUAUAUUAA